GCGGAUCCCUCAAAAGUUCAAGAUCGCUUGGUUUUCUCGACAACUGACAACGGGCUCCCCCGAUGCCUGCGAAAGCGAAGACAUCCUAGCAGGACCAUCGCAAUGGACUCGUCGUCGCAGGAGCUGAAGCCUCUGCGAGACGCGGUGCAGUCAGCACUGGUCACAGUGACGCGGUCCGUCAACGCGCUUGCGAGCGAGGAUCUCGAAUUCCAGCGGACCGUCCAUCCCUCGGUCGCGACCCGCCUCGGCCAGAACACGGAUCGCCUGCUGCAGCUGGCGAGCGGCGUCCUGAAGUCGGCUGCGCACUUCACCGCCCAGAGAGAGCCCCGGUUGGAGGAUGUGGACGACGUGGAAAUCCAGUGGAAGAGCGUCGUCGACGUGAUUGACUCGCUCCUCGAGAAGUCGGACACCUGCCUGGACGAGUACACCGGCUUGAUCAAGAGGAAGGAUGCGCCAACCGUUGAUUCUGGCCGAGAGGUCAAGCGCCCGAGAACGACAAACGACAGACUCGACUGGUCUUUGAAGCGCGCAAACAUCCUGAAGCCACAGAACGCAUUCGAGAAGAAGACAGACAACUUCGAGUCGGGUCCAUGGAAGCCGCUGUUGACCAACAAGCCCCAUGCCCAGGUCCCUCUCGAGUCCAGCCUGGAGCUUUUUACCGACGAGGAAGGCCAUCCGCAAUACAAGCAUCCGUAUGAGCAUGAAAUUACCACCAUGCGCUAUCCGACGGAGGUUUCGCAGCCCUGCGAACCCAAGAAAUAUCUCCCAAUCGAGAAGUCCAAGGCAAUUUGGGUUGACACAUACGAUGGCGUUCUAGAAAUGCUCGAGGAAUUGAAGCAGGCGACCGAGAUAGCCAUCGAUCUGGAGCAUCACGAUUACCGGACGUACGCGGGGCUGCUCUCCCUGAUGCAGAUCAGCACGCGGGAGAAAGACUGGAUUGUUGACACACUUGUCCCUUGGAGGCACAAGCUCGAGGUGCUCAACGAAGUCUUUGCUGACCCCCGCAUCGUCAAGGUUCUCCAUGGCGCAUUCAUGGACAUAAUAUGGCUCCAGCGAGAUCUAGGGCUGUAUGUCGUGGGGCUAUUCGAUACCUAUUAUGCUUGCGAUGCCCUUGGGUACGCAGGCCGCAGCCUGGCCUUUCUACUUAAAAAGUUCGCCGACUUCGAUGCAGACAAGAAGUACCAGCUCGCAGACUGGCGGAUACGGCCCCUUCCCGACGAGAUGUUUUAUUAUGCGCGGUCGGACACGCAUUACCUCCUCUACAUCUACGACAUGCUCCGCAACGAGCUAGCCGAGCUUUCCGCUCAGAGUCCCCCCGGCGAGAAACCCAUCGACCGCGUCAUUCAGAAGUCCAAGGAGGUGUCUCUGCAGCGAUACGUACAUCCUCUGUGUGACCGUGAAACUGGUGCCGGGAGUCGUGGGUGGUACAACACGUUGAUCAAGUCGCCCACGCUCUACAACGGCGAACAGUUUGCGGUCUACAAGGCGGUGCAUAAGUGGCGGGAUGAUGUUGCCCGCCGGGAAGACGAGAGCCCGUACUACAUCAUGACCCAGCAGGUGCUGGCUGAUAUAGCACGCAUUCUGCCUACUGACCCCAAAGCCUUGUGGAGCCUUCUCGACUCCAACGCCCGGGCUCUGAAGCCCCGUCUCACGGAGUUGUUUGGAGUCAUAGAACGCGCCCGGGCGGCUGGUGCAAACGGGCCUACGAUGAUGGAGUUUUUCAAACAGUCAACUGCAAGCGCACUGCAGACCUCAUCCGGGAACGGACCGGGGAAGGGAACUGAGGAAACAGAUGUCAAACCGCUCAACAUCCAAGAACUGAAGAGCGAUCAUUCUCAAUUAUGGGGCAGUGUGCCUCUCAGUUCAGCACGGGAUGGCUCCACGAAAGGCCCUGCCGAGGAUGAGCAAGAGGAAAUUCCGGUCUACUCUUUUGACUUUGGCAGCAUAAAGGAAGAGGAGCGUCCCAACACCGCAGAACCGGCGCCACCAAGCAAGCCAGAGGAGGAUGUCGAACUACUCACCGCUCAAGAAGAUGAAGGGUUCACACUCAAGGGCGGACGGAAGCGCAAGGCCAGGGAUGACGCUGACCUCGAGCUGCCGUCAGAGGUCGAGGCCGGCUCAGAUGCUGAGGUGGACCAACGGAGCCCGGCUACCGAUGAGCCCGAGGCGCCUACGCCUGACGCCGAUAGCAGCGGCGACAAUGCCAGGGCCAUCGAAAGGGCCCUCAAACAGGCCAAAAAGCAAGCCAAGAAAGCACGGCGGGCAGAGUUCAAGCAGGCCGAGCGCGAGGCCAAACGGCUGGUCGAGCAAGGGGACGCGGAGGGGGCCAGGAAGCUUAUGCUCGAAGCCAGGGAGGCGCGGAAGGCCGCGAACAGGGCCGCGAAGCUGGAACUGCAGCGGCUGCAACUACAAUUGCAGCAACAACAAGACCAAUCAACCCCGUCCGCCGUCAGCCCUCCCUCGGGCGCGGAGCUCACUCCCGAAGAGCAGGAGCAGGAGCAGGAGCAGGAGGACGAGGACGAGCAGCAGCCGUUCGACUACAGCAAGGCCGCGUCCGUGCUGCACGCCGCCUCCUCGUCCAAGGAGGACGAUGGCGAGGACAACGGCAACGGCAACGACAACGGCAAAGGGAAGCGCGCCGGCGGCAAAGCCGCGUUCGAUCCCUACAGCAAGAUGUCCGAGGACGCGCCGCAGGGCGCGAGGAAGGUGAAUUACCAGCGGGCCGGCCGGACGGCGACCUUCCGCAAGUGAGCUGCUGCAACCACAUGCAGAGCAGCAGCCUUCGCAGCGGCGUCAGCUGUGACAAGCCAGCGAGCGGGCUGCUGCUUGGAUUUGGGGGGCGUGGCUGUCGUGUGUUGUAUGUACACUACUGUACUGCUGGGUACAGAUAGAUGCCAUGGCGUUUGUUUACGCGGUGGGUUAAGGGCAAGACCAAGAGGACUGCCGGGGCUCGCAUUCACGCAGUAGUCUCAUCUUGAGUUUCGGGGAAAUAUAUACCA